CCUUCAGCGUCGUCGACUGUGUGACACACACUGGACUUUACUGGAAGAUUUAACUUCGCCCCAGCAGGGAAAUAUAUUUUAUCACCACUUUGACACGGAAACAUAAACCUCGACGGACGGACAAGUCAAACACGCAGGAUUGUUGCGGUGAGCCCAGGUAGAGCCUGAUGGACAGAUUGCUGCUGUCUCGCAUAGAUGAACAACUGGACUCGUCUGAGGUGGCGGCGCUCCGCUUCUUGUGCCUUGACUUUGUGAACAGGAAGCGCCUGGAAGGGAUCGGAGACGCAAAGGACCUUUUUCUGAGACUACAGGAACAAGGUCUUUUGGAGAACAAUGUCUUCCUUUCAGAGUUACUCCGCACGCUCCGUCGAGCAGACCUACUCAGGCGCCUGGGAACACAAAACAGGCAACCAUUGGAAACAGAUUCAACUCCUGUUCUGUCAGACUAUAGGAAGAUGCUGUACCGAAUAUAUGAGGACUUGACAAAAGAGAAUUUUGAAAAGAUGACAUUUUUAUUGAACGGCAAGUUGCCCAGAAGACAAAUAGAAAUGAGCAAUACCGCGCUUGAUGUGUUUGCUGAAAUGGAAAAAGCAGAUUUAAUGUCGAAUACAAAUGUUGAUGAGCUGUAUAGAGUAUUACAGGAGUUGGACCAGGAGCUGGCUUUGAUUGUGAAGAACUACAAAGAUGCCACCGAGCAGCACAUCCCUCCUCUUGUCAGCAUGGAUACUCAGUGGGUCAACAAUGACACCCAUCCACGACAACCUUCGCUCUCCAUAUCAGAGACUCUGCCCAGCAAUAUAGAAGCGAGUGUUUAUCCAGAUGCACAGCCAAGCAUAAGCUCCCGCUCUCCUCCCGAUGAGGCAGAGUACUAUGCUAUGAAUCAUCAACCUCGGGGGUUGUGUGUGAUCAUCAACAACGAGAACUUUAUUGGGUUUGAGUUGGCACCUCGAAAAGGAACUCAUGAGGAUGAAAGGGCUCUGAAGGAACUGUUCCGCCGCCUGGGCUUUACAGUAAAGGUAUACAACGACUUGACUGGAGAACAAAUACGUCAAGAAAUCGAGAACAUUAGCAGGAGGAAUUUUCUGAAUGACGACGCCUUGGUGGUUUGUGUCCUCUCCCAUGGAGAAUUGGGGUGUGUCUUCGGCACCGACGAGAAGAAGGUGUUUCUACGAGAGCUGACUUUUCCCUUCACAAGCGAUCGAGCCGCCACUUUGGCAGGAAAACCCAAGCUCUUCUUCAUCCAGGCUUGUCAGGGCGGCAGCUACCAGAAAGGAUCAGUGCCGCUUCCUCCGAUGGAGGACACUGAAAAUCAGACUAAUCUAGAAGAAGACGCAGGUCCCAUCCACGGCGAGACGGUGCCCUCACACGCAGACUUCCUGCUCGGGAUGGCCACUGUGCAAGAGUGCAAGUCGUUUCGACACACUUCCAGAGGCUCCAUCUACAUCCAGGAACUCUGCAGGCAGCUGACCAGGUCAGCAGAAAGUGAUACGCCGGAUGAUAUUCUCUCCGUCCUGACGCGAGUGAACAGAGAGGUCGGCAGAGGGGAUUAUUUAAAGCGCAAACAAAUGCCAGAGCCCAAAUACACUCUAACAAAGAAAGUCGUCCUCAAAUUUAUCUGAGCCGACAGACACCAGCACCGCAAGUGGGUUCAAAUUCCCGCUUUACAUGUCUGUUCAUUAUGUGUGUUGAAUAGGAUUGUUGCUGAUUUUGUUAAGAAACUAAAGCGUGAAUAAUCUAAAGCAAAGUCUUUUGUAUUUUGAAUACAGAGAAAAUUCAAAUUUAUGUCAAAACACCUCACACUUUACUGCAUUACUGUCCCUUCAAAAUUGUUGUGAAAUUGAAAAGAUGAAUGUGUUAUCAAUUAUAUUUGUACAUCUUCUUUAUUUUGUGAAUGAAAUCUACUAAAACCAGUUUUCUGUUUAGUUCUGAAUGAGGACGGCUCAAUACAAACAAUGUUUUAAAUGUUGGAGAAGGGUAACAUAAUCAUCUUAGCGGAUGUGCGGCUGUCGUUUUAAGUUUGUCAGAGCUAAUGAACAUGGAUAGCUGUGUACUUUACAAAGCAUAACAGAAGACAAUGAGUAGGUCAGACAGUUUCCAUUAUACUCCUGCAAAACAAAAUAAUCACAGGAGUAAGCACUUUUUUCUCUCUCUGUUUGCAUAGUUCAAUUUUGCACAAGUCAUUUGAGCCUUUUGGAAUUGUAUCAAUAAAAACACUCUAAAUACUACUGAAAUGAUCACAAUGUCUGUCUGCAGUGGCUUCCUGUAGCUGUCACAAAAUAACAUUGUAAAAAGUCAUUCAUACACCCGUCUUGUAUGCUGAUUUGUGUAACCCAGGGCUGCAGGGUGCUGGAGCCAAUCCCUGUGGGUGAAGGCAGGAACACCCUGGACUGGCAGUCAGUCCAUCACAGGACAAACUAAGAGACAGACAGCCACACAGUCACACAUACAAGGAAUUUCAAAGUCACCAGUUUCUCAAGAAAGUGAGAAAUAACCACACUGGAGUAUCAGUACAAAGCCCACACUAUGGAAACUCCAUUUGUUUCUUGGCAGAAUCACCUAUUUUGCUGGAAGUGAUGGUAAACAAAUGUGUAUAUGCCGCUUGUAUCUGUAUUUUUUAACGGGGGUGUAUACACACAAAAAUACACUUUUUGGUCUUGGAGUUUGCUUCGAGAGCACGUUUUUCACUCUGGAAAAAACUGAAAUAAAUGUGGCACGGUGUAAUAAAUGACAG